UGCGCUUGCCUUCAAGAAAACUGAAUUCCAGUUCACUGCUCACAUCGUAUUUCAAGAGGUAUUUUAAGAAUGCAAGACAUUUCAACCAUUUGUCUUUUCUUGAUGCUGGGAUGUUUUUGGAGGUGCCAAGCACAAGUAAACCUGCCAUGUGUGUCAGAGAAACAUGGUGAUCUGUAUAUUGUGGGGAUGUUUCAAGUUUGCACAGCUGAAGGAAACGACCAACUUAUGUAUACAGUCUUUACAGCACUUGAGUCUGCACUGAACAAGAUGCAGAACAAAUAUUCUGGAUUUCAACUGGGAUAUAAACUCUACAGCUCUUGCGGAGACUGCCUUGAUAAUUAUGAAAAUGACUGUUACGAUAACGGUACCUGUUCUCUGGACAAUUUGCCUGUAGUUCUUCUUUUUACUCAAGACUCUCUGAACUAUUUAACAAACUUUGGACUGGGAACCCUACAGAUUGUGGUCAGUGAAAAAGGAUUGCAAUCAUUUUCUCCAGACUUAACUAAUUUUGGUAAAGUCGUUGGGUCAUUCUUUGCACUAAAACACUGGACUCUUGUGGGAACAAUUUAUGAUGCAUGCAGUGAUUACAUAGAGUUUGAAAAUCAAAACAGCUCAGAUUAUUGCAACGACUGGAAGAUGGUAGUCUCUAAUUUUAACGCAAAGGCAGAUGAAAUAAAAAAAAAUAUCUUGAGAAAUACAGAUAAUGCUACUCUGUUCUUUGGUACUUUAAGUGAUUUUAAAGGACUAAUUACAAGUGUGUCAGGAAACACUACAAGACCUUUUGUGUACUGUUGCCUUGAAUCACUUGAGGACUUGAAAGACUUCAGUAACGUCCUAAAUGGCUCGAUGUUGCUCUACCAUGAGAUACGACUUGAUGAUGAUUCUUAUUCUUUCUCCAAGGAAGUCAUGAAAAAUAUAACAAUUUCUUCGGAAGCACCUUCAUUCAUAGGAGGUCCAGUCAACUUUAAUGUCACAGUGACACUCCAGAACAACAUUUCAGAUCCUAGAAAGUAUCAAUUAAAUUGGUCUGGGGUUAUGAUUGGUCAGAUUUACACUCUGGUUCAAAUCCUUUAUAAAGUUGCCAACAGCACAUGUUACAACAAUAUGCAACAGUGUCAGAUGUGGACCAACAACACCUCAGAGUAUUUAACACAGAAUGAAACAUCACAGCUGCCAAGCUCAAUUAGCAAUGCAAUUGCAAAUGAAUAUGACUUCAAAGUGUGCAAUAUUGAUGCAGAUAAAACAUACACAAAAAUGAACUGCUACAACGUCUCGCAAUCUUCGAGUUCAGCUGUGUGUGUUCAAUCUUGUAAAGUCUCAGAAAAAAGUGUAAUGAUUGGGCACUGCUGUAUGCAAUGUCAGCCCUGCCCAGGAGGGACUUUCAGCAAUGGAACAGACUGCCUGCCUCUCACCAUUGUCCAUGAAGUUUUGAUCUACAUCCUGUCCCCAUUAGGGAUCGUUAUGUGUGUGGGGUCUCUGGCAGUUUUUCUGGCACAUGCUAAGACCCCCAUUGUGAAAAUGUCUGGAGGGAACAUCUUCUACUGCUACUUGGCUGGUCUCAUUAUUGCUUUCUCCAGUUCCUUCCUGUUUGCUGUGAUCCCAACAAAUAACACAUGUCUGAUAGGUCUGCCUCUCUCAGCUAUGGGGUUCUCGGUCUGCCUCUCCAGUAUUCUUGCCAGGUCCUGCAAAAUUUUGAUUGCCUUUGCCAACAAAGCACAAAGACCAAGCAAGCUUCAGCUUCAUUCCUACAUUAUCAUCAUCACAUUGGGAACUUUGGUAGAGGUAGCCAUUUGCUUAGCAUGGAUUUUGAGGGAUCCCCUCCACUUCACCUAUGUGCCCCAAGCAAAGCAAUAUACUAACAUGGCCUGUGACUGCAACAACAAGUACUGGUACCUCAUUUCUUUUGGCUACCUCGGGCUCCUUUGUUUAGGUUCUUGGGGGGUGGCUAUCAAGAGCAAUGCUCUUCCUCCUGCAUUUAGUGAGUCCCGAUCCAUUUCCUUUAGUAUGUUGAUCUUCCUUGCUAUCUGGGGCUGCACAAUUCUCAUAAUCGUGAGUGAUAUCAAAGAUCUGCAGACGGUGAUACUUGGGGUGUCCAUCGCGUUAUCCUCUUGGGGUAUUCUUGGCUGCAUUACUCUGCCCAAGGUCUUUGUCAUCCUUUUCAGGCCAGAAAGAAACAGCCAGCAGUGGAUAAGACACGUCACUUAUGAGUACUGUCGCCAUGUCGCUUAUAAGGCUGAUAUGAAUUUGGAGACUGAACAAUCCACCAUCUCGACUUCGGCAGCCACCAUGUCAUCUGUCACCUCAUAAAACACCAACAGUCAUUUAGAACACAAACGUUUUGGAAAGAAUUACUGCUGGUGUUUUCUCCCUAAUCCCUGAAAUGUGCAAUAAAAGGUUACAGGGUUGUUAGAAUUGAUUCUCGGGACAUUUACACAAGGCUGAAGCCAACCCUGAAUGGGAGGUAAGAAUGAAUGUGAUGCUGUUUAUCAUUUCUUAGAUCUUUAUAUCCCACCAGUUUCAUCCAGUUUAAGUGAGAUUUUUCGGUAAAUCCAACACAAUACAAUCAUUAAACGUUCAAAUAGAAUUCAAACAAUAAGCCAUCGUUGUCUGUGUAGCCCAGGUAUUUGGCAAUUCUCCUAAAAGAAGGGAUGGGUUAGUGAAGACUGAUCCUUGCUGCCACAGCAGCAUAUGUUUUGUGUCAACUCUCGAGAAGGGAGGGAGAGAAUGAAUCAAAUGUCAGGAUGACUAACACGUGACACUGCAAAGGUCAUUCAUGGAAGACAGUCACAGAUAAUGAUCUCGCUGCUAUCUCUAGCAAAAAUACUUCCUACUGCCUACUUAGGAAGGAAAAUGUAUGGAGUUAGGGAUCUUUACUAUGGCAGCCAUAUUGUUACACUAGAAUUUCUUUAGUUGUUAUUUUCAGAGUAAAGAGCGACAGUAAAACUAAAGUACAUUCUGCUUUCUUUGCCUUAUGUUAUCUCUUCACUAUGUGCUGGAGAGGUGGGGGAGUUUUGGAUGGAGGGUGUGGUGGACGGCCAUGACCCAUGCCCAGCUGGGAUGCCCCUUCAACACUGGAUCCGGGGGAGUAGCCAUGGGAUCCACGCUACGUCCCCUGGAACACUUGGUGGCAGGCCCCCUGGGUUGAAUCGGGGCCACAGGCAUUGGACUUCGGAGCUCAUCCCUGCUGGUUUCCAUGGCCACCGCCAGGGGAAGCUGCAAGGACUUAACGAGCCCGUCUGGGCUGUGAUGCAGCCACACCCGGAAGUGCAGCCUAAUUAGGCUAAUCACCACCUGAAGCACUUCCGGGUGGGCUAUAAGAAGAGCCUGCAGCCACUACUCAGGGCGCCAGAGUCGGGAGGAGGACGACGACGAGAACAAAGCGGCCCUGGGAAGAGUGGAGGAAAAGAAGAGUGGUUUGGGUAUUUUUCUUUGG